CUACUAUCAACUUUCUUCUAGACGAAGUAAAAAAAGCUGCGUCUCGUCGAAAUCUUAUGGAGAAGAAGAAGAAAGGUGAUGAUGUAUCAAACUCGAAGCCGCCUUUAAUGGCGUUGAACCAUGUAUCAAGGCUUUGCAAAGACGUUAAAAAGUCUUUGGAGUUCUACACGAAGGUGUUAGGGUUCGUGGAGAUAGAGCGUCCAGCGGCGUUAGACUUCGACGGUGCGUGGCUCUUCAACUAUGGUGUAGGGAUCCACUUGGUGCAAGUGAAGGACGAAGACAAGUUACCUUCCAACACGGACCAUUUGGACCCGAUGGAUAACCACAUCUCUUUCCAGUGCGAAGACAUGGAAGCUUUGGAAAAGAGGCUUAAGGAAGUGAAUGUGAAGUACAUCAAGAGGACGGUGGGUGACCAGAAAGAUGCAGCCAUCGACCAGCUCUUCUUCAACGACCCCGAUGGCUUUAUGGUGGAGAUUUGCAACUGUGAGAAUCUCGAGCUUGUCCCACGCCAUUCAGCAGACGCCAUACACCUCCCAGAAGACCGACACGCACCUCCAGUUGCCCUCAAUGGCUCAUCCGACCGUAAAAUGCCCCAGCCCAAUUCUUAAUACUACUCGUUUCGUCUCUACUUAGUCCUGUGUUUGUGCUAAGCACGACUCUAUUAGUUUAAAAAUGUUUGUUUGGGACGCGAAAUCUUUCCAACCAUGAGUGCUGCUAGUAGGCAAGUCAUUUUGGUUUUUGUUCCAAUUCGGUUUGGGUUCGGUUUUAAUAAAACUUUUUCAGAACUCAAACCAGAAUUCUUUUAGCUUUGCUUUUACGUCUUGGUUAGUUUUGUUCAGUUUGGUUUUACUUCGGUUGGGUUUUCUAUAUUGUUAGGUUUGUUUGAGUUUGUUCCUUACAACGUGAACAAAUUCUCAUGUUUUUCUCAAACAAGUUUUGAAUAAUCUUUA